UGUUAAACAACAUGGCCGACAAGUGUUAUAAAAUGAUAUUUGUUUAACAAUUUGUUUAACAAUUUAAAACAUUGUCUUUGCCUCGUCGAAAAUUUAAAAAAAACUGCUGAGGCCAACAGUAUUGCAUGUUAAUCAGCUGUUGAUAUGAAAGGUAUUAAAAUUUAUUCUUGAAAAUUUUACAACGCAAUUCGAAGAAUUGUACUAAUCUGCAGAAGCCCAAUCGCAAAAAAAGAUAUCAAAACGACCAUUUCAGAAUCGGGACUUAGUUUAAUUUGUAAAAAUAACAUUAUAAUGUAACUGUAUUAGCAUCUAACAUAAAAUAUUGACAUAUGUGACACUUAAAAUUCAGAGCUAAAUUUAAAAGUCUAUGAAAAUAAAACAAAGUUCACUGAAAAGGACUACUUUUUAAUUUUAUACAAUUAUAAAAUAUUGACAUGUGUGGACAUGUCAAUUCAAGUCAAUAUCAAUCUUUACUUUAAAAAUCUUAGGCUUAGGUCUGUCCUUAUAUAAAGUACCGGUAGUUUAUCUUCACAAAUAUAUCUAAUCAAUAUUUUAAAAUAUUUUCACCAAAUAUCAAUUAUUUUUUUUUUGGAGGAGGGGGAUUUUAAAAAUAAAAACUAUUAUUAAGGGCUGAUAAUUAUGAUAAUAAUGAUAAGGCAAUGAUUUUUAAACUCUUUCACAAUGAUAUUACUGAAUUAUAAUAGAUAUUCAUAACUUAUAUCUUAUGUUAAGUCUAAAUAUUUUUAUAUAUAUUUGUUAUUUGUGUGAUAUUACUUAGAACUGUUUAUUGUAUUUUUAAGCACACAUAAUCACAUAUUAUAGACAACAUAAGACUUCAUAAAGAAUACAAUAGAAAUUGCAUAUUGGAAGAUCGUUUUUUUUUAUACUACUUGAGUCUUAAGUCUCUCAAGAAGUCAUGAAUUUCAUAAGAGGUCAAGGAUUUUUUUCACUGCUAAAAUGCUUUUAAAUUAACACUGGCCAACACCAAAUUUGGUCCUUCAAAUGUUAGACUUGUUUAUCUUUAUAUUUGGCCUGUUGAAUCAAAAAGUGGCCUCAAUUUUCCCCUAUUGACUGUAGUUUUUUUUUUUUUAUAGAUAUUGAAUAUAUGUCACUUUAAAGCAUAACAUAAAAAUAAUAAAAGAAAUAUUUACUACUGAAAAUGAGCUUAUUUUAUACCAAAAGCACACAUUUGUAACAAAAACUUUCCAGUUAUUCUUUAAAAAGUGAAGUCCUUUUAAGGACUUUUGAAGGUAUGAUUUGCCAAGACAAUGCCCCAUAAUCUUCAAUAAAAAUCUAAAUCAGAUAUGCAUUUAAAUGUUUCUUGUUAUCUCACUGCUGUUGCUUGAAUAUGCCAUGGUGAAAUCUUUAGCACAAGUCAGCACUAAACAAAGCUGCAUAUAAAAAUCUAUCAAAAAAUAAAAUUUUUAUUACCUAUUUGUUUCAAUGAGGCAUGACAUAAUUUUAUCUUUUAACUCUUUUGCUGUUGCGCAACACUUAGUGCGUUCAUCCGCUGCUCUAAAAAGCACGGACCAACGUGCUCUGCGUUGUUUCAAUAUCAUGUUUGUUUCGUUGCUGUUUCUCAGUUAAACUUUUUAAGAGCUAUUUUUAAAUAAGACUUUUGCAUAGAAGAGUGGUAGUUCAUUGUUUAUAAGCGAAACCAAGGUUUAUUUAUUGUCAUUUGAAACAUAAUUUUAAUGAUUUUCUUCAUUAUUUGUUUCUACUGUUGCUAUGGCUACCCUGGGCCCUAGUAGUUGAGUAAGUUUCCUAGACGAUUAACAGCUCAAAAAGCUUUGAUUUUUUUAAUACUAUUUCUUUUGAUAGUGAAGAUGAUUUAUAUUUCAAUCCAUCACAUGAUUCCAAUAGAAGAAGUUUUAGAGGAUUUGAGUUAUAGAAGGGAAAAAGAGGUAUGCCUACAUCAUAAGGUUUGGGGAAAAAAUGGUUUAGCAUAAAAUGUUUUCACAUGUUAUGGUUCUAUUCUGUAACUUAUUUUAUUUAAACUGAAGAAAUAAGUCCUUUCCAUUACCUUUCAUUUGAUACCUAGUUUAGUCUUAUAAACAAAAAAAUAAUAUUUUAAAUAUUUUUUAAUAAACCCAACCUCUCACUCUUUGUUGCUUUUGAAAAAAUUUUUUUUUUUCGAUAAUAAAAUUCCGCAGCGAAAGAAUUAACUAUCUGUAUAUUUCAUCUUUUGUCUUGUUUAUCUUACUAAUGGAAAUAUAUCUUGUAUCCAUUUUUAAUUUAAUUUUGCAUGAAAUCUGGCUAAAAUGCUUUACUUAUUUUAAAAAAUUGACAAAUUCUGACUAGAUAUGGGAAACGAACCUUCUGUUUCCAAGUUCAGGUUCAGUUCAUUUACAUAUUGAGUUCAGGUUGAGUAGCAACGUAGUUUCAGUUUCAAAAUAUGGAUUUAACACCAUUCUUUUGGCAAACUGGUUAUGAGUUUCAGAAAUCUGGUUUUAUACUGCUUUGUGUUUUUUCAAUAAGGGCAUGUGCUAAAACAACAAAGGCAGGUAAAAUGAUCAUUUUCUACAAACUUCAGUCAAGAGUUUGUGUGUUCAAAGUUUAGGACAUUAUCAUUGACCAGUCACACAGCUCAACAAUUCUAUGGAUACAUCAGUUUAGAUUGUAGCAUCCUAAUGAAGUGGUAGCAAUGUUUAUAUCUAGAAAAGAGGAGAUUCAUUUUGUAUGUGAACAUUCCUUCUAAAUUAAACAUUUUAUUCAACAGGUUAAAACCAGUACUCCAGCUUGGCAAAGUGACCUCCCUUCAAGUGAUGUAUAAGUCAAACUGCUCAAUGCUGUCUCAUGUAAUGUGAAUUCUAAAGUCAACAUCGGUUUUUAAAAAAAGCUUUUUAUAUAAACCAAAGAAGACCAACUUUUUGGUAACUCCUUCGACAUGGAGAGUGAUGGGGAAAUGGGCUUCCAGCUUGAUCGAGAAUUCGACAAACAUCUGGCAGAUAUGAAACCUUUUGUUCUCAAGUUGCCACAUAAGACAGGUUAAUCUUCACUCAUAUCUAAAUGAUUUAUGCUCUAACCUGUUAAUCACCUGGUAAAAUCUGACAAAUACGUAUGUUUUUUUUUAUAAAUGAGGUAAAGAUACAUCAAUAUAUUUUACACAAUUUUUAACAUACAUUUAUUAAUGUUGAACAGAUAGACAGAAGUUUGCUGUGUGGAUUAAAAAGUUGUGUGAGCCCAGUAGGUCAGGAAAUACUGCCAGGUAAGCCGUGUGAGCCAAGUAGGUCAGGAAAUACUGCCAGGUAAGUUGUGUGAGCCCAGUAGGUCAGGAAAUACUGCCAGGUAAGCUGCAUGAGCCUAGUAGGUCAGGAAAUGCUGCCAGGUAAGCUGCAUGAACCCAGUAGGUCAAGAAAUACUGCCAGGUAAGUUGUGUGAGCCCAGUAGGACAGGAAAUUCUGCCAGGUAAGCUGUGUGAGCUCAGCAGGUCUGGAAAUAAUACCAGAUAAGCUGUGUAAGCCCAGUAUGUGAGGAACUAUUUCCAGGUAAGUUGUGUUAGCCCAGUAGGUCAAGAAAUACUGCCAGGUAUGAUGUGCUCUCAGACAUUCUCUUUUGUGAUAAACUUCGUGUCCUUUUCUUUUAGCCAACAUUCAAUAUUUUGCAUUAUCACAUCUUUAAAAAAUAUUACAUUACACAAAACCUGUUAUAAUAUUCUAGCAAAUACAAACUUAAACUGCAGAUAUAGCUUAAUCUAACAAGAAUACUCUUCAAUUCCCAUCUAUCCACUCACGAUAUAAAUAGGAAAAUUAUCACUUAAUAUUUUGAUUGGAAUUUAAAAUUAACAUUUGAUUAAAUGUUGUUCUUUUUUUUUCUUGUAUGUUGAGUUUAUUUUGUGAAAUUUUACAGCAAAUUAAACAUUUAAAGCAUUUUUACCAAAGGUGUUUCACAUACCUUCUAACUGGCAAGAGACUUGACUUUCACACAGGAAGACUAGAAACACUUAUGCCUUGUUGAUGCUACAGAUGUUAAAAAGAGGUUCCAUAUCUGCCCCCUUUGAUCAGAAGCCAGAAACUGGUCCAUUGAAACCUCUGCCUGCAUAUAUGGUAAGUUAUUUACCACCUUUGUAUUCCUCGGAUGUUAUUAUCUAGCCAGUGCACAUUGUUACCUCCCUGGGAUACAUGGCACAUUGCUACCUCCCUGGGAUACAUGGUACAUUGCUACCUCCCUGGGAUACAUGGCACAUUGCUACCUCCCUGGGAUACAUGGCACAUUGGUACCUCCCUGGGAUACAUGGCACAUUGCUACCUCCUGGGAUACAUGCCACAUUGCUACCUCCCUGGCAUACAUGGCUCAUUGCUAACUCCCUGGGUUACAUGGCACAUUGCUACCUCCCUGGGAUACAACCGUGUAACGAUGGAGGGACCGAUACAUGUCACAUUGCUACCUCCCUGGGAUACAUGGCACAUUGCUACUUCCUGGGAUACAUGCCACAUUGCUACCUCCCUGGCAUACAUGGCACAUUGCUAACUCCCUGGGUUACAUGGCACAUUGCUACCUCCCUGGGAUACAUGGCACAUUGCUACCUCCCUGGAAUGCAUGGCACAUUGCUACCUCCCGGGAUACAUGCCACAUUGCUACCUCCCUGGCAUACAUGGCACAUUGCUUACUCCCUGGGUUACAUAGCACAUUGCUACCUCCCUGGGAUACAUGGCACAUUGAUACCCCUGGCAUAUAUGACAUAUAGCUACCUCCUGGCAUAUAUGAUACAUUGCCUCCUCCCGGGCAUAGUUGGCAUGUUGGUUCCUCCCUUGCAUAUAUGGCACAUUGUUACCUCCUUGGCAUAUAUGACACAUUGCUACCUCCCUGGCAUAUAUGGCACAUUGCUUCCUCCUGGGCAUAUGUGGUAAGUGAAUUUACUUUAUUAAACCUAAAUCCCAUAUUGGUGAUUGUUUGCUGUUGGCUGAGAUAAUAGUGAUCAAUGUUUCUCUCACAUUUAAAAAAAUGUACCUGUAUCUCACUUUUGUAAGUAACACAUGGAACAGUGAGUGCUACAUCUAUUUAGUUAUUGAUUUGCACAAUGAUCUUAGACUGACAGAUUGUCUGAUUGACUUGUACAAUGAUCUUAGACUGACAGAUUGUCUGACUUACUUGUACAAUGAUCUUAGACUGACAGAUUGUCUGAUUGACUUGUACAAUGAUUUUAGACUGACAUAUUGUCUGAUUGACAUGUACAAUGAUCUUAGACUGACAGAUUGUCUGAUUGACUUGUACAAUGAUCUUAGACUGACAGAUUGUCUGAUUUACUUGUACAAUGAUCUUAGACUGACAGAUUGUCUGAUUGACUUGUGCAAUGAUCUUAGACUGACAGAUUGUCUGAUUGACUUUUCAAUGAUCUUGACUGACAGAUUGUCUGAUUGACUUGUGCCAUCAUCUUAGACUGACAGAUUGUCUGACUUACUUGUACAAUGAUCUUAGACUGACAGAUUGUCUGAUUGACUUGUACAAUGAUCUUAGACUGACAGCUUGUCUGAUUGACCUGUAUAAUGAUCUUUGACAGAUUGUCUGAUUGACUUGUACAAUCAUCUUAGAGUGACAGAUUGUAUGAUUGACUUGUAUAAUGUUCUUAGACUGACAGACUACCUGACUGGGUAGAAGGUGAACUGGGAGACACCAUCGGCUCAUCCAUAUUUCCGAAGUCACUUGGGAACCCGGCGGCCACAUCCACAUGGGUGUCAAGUGCUGGAGAGUUUCGAGAAAGGUCAGGAACAACUUCAAUUAUAUUUUUACAAACACUCCGUUAUCUAUAAGUAUAUGAUGCGGUGGUUGGAAAGUCAAAUUCUGGAUGUGAAUUUGGAAUCCAUGUUUUGAGCUCUAGAUGUUCACAUACAACCCUUAGAUAAAAAAAAUGCUGUUCACCUCCACAUUGCCAGAUUACUAAAUGUUUUUAUGAUUACUUUUCAUUUUCAUAUGUUUCCAUUCAUAUGUGCAUCCAUCAAUGCCUCAGUGUGCAUCCAUUACUGCCUCGGUCUGCAUCCAUCACUGCCUCGGUCUGCAUCCAUCAAUGCCUCUGUGAGCAUCCAUCACUGCCUCUGUGUGCAUGCAUCAGUGCCUCGGUGUGCAUCCAUCACUACCUCUGUGUGCAUCCAUCAAUGGUGUGCAUCCAUCACUGCCUCGGUGUGCAUCCAUCAGUGCCUCAAUGUGCAUCUAUCACUACCUCUGUGUGCAUCCAUUAAUGGUGUGCAACCAUCACUGCCUCAGUGUGCAUCCAUCACUACCUCUGUGUGCAUCCAUCAAUGGUGUGCAUCCAUCACUGCCUCGGUGUGCAUCCAUCACUUCCUCAAUGUGCAUCCAUCACUGCCUCAGUGUGCAUCCAUCACUGCCUCAGUGUGCAUCCAUCACUGCCUCAGUGUGCAUCCAUCACUGCCUCUGUGUGCAUCCAUCACUACCUCUGUGUGCAUCCAUCAAUGCCUUGCUUCCCUCCCUUCCUCUGCUUGCAUCCCUCCCUUCCUCCACAUCCAUCACUGCCUCAGUGUGCAUCCAUCACUGCCUCUGUGUGCAUCCAUCACUUCCUCAAUGUGCAUCCAUCACUGCCUCUGUGUGCAUCCAUCACUGCCUCAGUGUGCAUCCAUCACUGCCUCAGUGUGCAUCCAUCACUGCCUCUGUGUGCAUCCAUCAAUGCCUCUGUGUGCAUCCAUUAAUGACUCUGUGUGCAUCCAUUAAUCACUUCCCUUUCGUGAUGACUUCAUUGGGUUAGAGUCCUAAACAACCAGCGGCUUUGUUUAUUAUGCUCACUAUAUAAUAGGUGUGAUUGUUUCACCACUGAACCUGUUUUUAUCCAGCCUGAGACUCUGGUGAAGGCUUUCCAUAUCAUUGACCAAGUAAAGUUGUUAAAAAUCCUCAAUUUUGUCAUGAUUGUAUCUUUGAGAAUGGAAUCUCUUUACAGUGCUGUGAAGAAAAGUCAUCUAAGUCUUUAUUAAAGUGAUGUGUGCAAAUGUCAGCUAGGCUUUAUUACAGUGCAUUUUUGUACAAUGUUUUUUAUAUUUCUGAUCUUAAGAACCUGAAAAUAUCCUAAAUGUAAGAUGUCAGGUUCAUCUUUGAUUUACCACAGGCCACACAGCAGCAUGGGGCACACUGUAGAGAAGGAUCCAUCUCUGUCUCCUAUCAGACACUCUGACUUUGUCCACACCAAAGGAUACUCAGCUGUAAGUUUAAAUCUACAACCUUUCUCCCUUCUCUCCCCCCCCCCACCCCCCCCCGCCUUGCUUUGUGUCAGUGAAACACUUACAUAAGUUUGAUAUUGUGCUAAUCAAGAUGUCUGCUUUUCACAGACAAACAUGGAGCUACGGUUUUUAAAAAAACAUAUCCCAACAUAUUUGCUUGUGUUGCCAUAAUGCAAGCUAAUCUAUGCUAACUUACAUAUGUUGUGAUGAUCUAGAGAUUUGGGUUGGGCAAAAUCUACUCUCUGAUGAUGUGGUUUGUUAAGUUGCUGUGCUAAAUUCUAAUAUUAUGUUUGUGACCAAAAUAUCUUAUAUGUAAUUUAAUGUAAUGCUUCAUUUUGAAACAGAUAAUUUUAAAUAUUUGUUAAAUUUAGAGUUUGGGCAACCUUAGCAUAUGUGAGAUUGAAGGUAUUUGAUAUGUGAGAUUUAAGGUGAUUCUAAUUUAAAUUAUUAUCCAACCUGAAAAUUAUGUGCAACCUCCAAGCCAUUCCCUUCUUUCCUCCUUGACUGCAAGCUCCAAGCCACUCCCUUCUUUCCUUCUUGACUGCAACCUCAAAGCCAUUCCCUUCUUUCCUCCUUGACUGCCUCCUCCAAGCCAUUCCCUUCUUUCCUCCUUGACUGCAACCUCUAAGCCUUUCCCUUCUUUCCUCCUUGACUGCAACCUCCAAGCCUUUCCCUUCUUUCCUCCUUGACUGCAACCUCCAACCCACCCCCUUCUUUCCUCCUUGACUGCACACUCCAAGCCACUCCCUUCUGUCCUCCUUGACUGCAAUCUCCAAGCCAUUCCCUUCUUUCCUCCUUGACUGCAACCUCCAAGUCAUUCCCUUCUUUCCUCCUUGACUGCUUAUACACUACAUUAAAACACACAUACACACAACUAGUAGAUCUAUAUUUAUCUUCUAAUUCAAGCUUGAAGUUUUAAUUGUAUGUGUUCUAUGUAUAUAAAUGUGUGUGUUCUGUGGUAUUUCUAUCCAAAGAUCAAUGGCACUUUAUUCCAGCCCUGUGUACUCUCAUUUGCUAGUUGCAUCUGUCGUAAAAUUUUCAGUCAGUGACUGCCUCAGUCAUGUAAACAAAUUUAUAAAAUGAAAGUAAAUCUAGAGCUCAAUCCUCAAAGUAAGGCUCCAACAGAAAUGGGUUUUGUGUUAGUUUGUUAUGUUUCACAUAGGACGACAUGAGUCUCGAGAUGAAAAGGUCACCCUCACCGUCACGCCGCCGACACAAAAGUCAACGUUCUCCAAUCGGGGACAGAGAAAAAAGACAUCUGCCAGGUUAGGGACAUUCUGCAAACUGUUUCCUGUUAAAAUUAAAGCGUACCUGCGUAUUUACUUUUUAAUACUUUACAAAAACUGGAAUUUCAAAUCAAGAAAAAAAAAUAGCUUGACAUCUCAAAUUAAAAAAAUGAUUUAGAUCUGUUAGUGGGCUGUUUAAUAUGAAUCAGGUGGUGAUAUUAUAGAAGAAUAAAUGAAGGUGUGUGUCCGAGCUGUGUGAAGGAAAUUGUUGAACAAGGUUUGUUAAAGCUUGAAGUGAACGAACAGGAUAAUAAAGAGAUACUUAAAGACAAAAAUAACUGAGUUUUCAGAAAGAUUAAAAUCUUUUUGAUCCGUCACAAAUAGCCAACUUCUCUAAAGUGUUUUCACUUUUUUUCAAGUUAAAUUUCAUGAUGUAGUUUUUGGUCUCAAUGUUUUAUGACACGUUUAAUGAUAUUUCAUUUGAGGUUUAAGUAUUUUUAAAAAUAAUUGAUAGGCAGAUAAGUAUAAAAUUGAAAUAUUCUUCUCUGUGACCUUUCAACCCCAUAUGUAUUUACCCAGAAGUCAGGGGCAAGGAUGCUAGAGACAAUGAGAAAACAAGGGAUGUAAGUCUAAUUAAUUGUGUAUAUUUAAUCCUCUCAUGUUACUCUCUAACCCAAAAGUAUUUCCUAAUUUCUCUUGCUAAAUUUUGCAUUAUAUUAUAAACCUCUUCUAGAUCUAUAUAUAGUAAAUAUUGCACAAUUUAUGUCAACAGAACUUGUAGGUUGUUUUAUAUCUGAUAAUAUGCAAUAAAAACAUGCAAAUGCUAUCACCCUUCACAAUUUUUUAUUUGCUGACAUGUCAAUAACUUUGCUUCCUUUAUGGUAUUUAUUGGCCAUGAAGUUUAACUAAAUGUGUUCAAGAUCAAAGAGAACUAAGACUUCUCUACACAAUGGCCAUGGGCCAGGCUGUUUUUGAUGGACUCGAUUCAAGGGGACAUUAAAGAUAGGAAAUAAACAUAGCUUGAGAUAUGAACAUCUCUAAAAUGAUAUCAAAAUGAAUACUUAGUGUUUUUAAAAUUUGAAAUAAAAUAGCUGGUCCUCGAAAUGACCAAGUUUAGAUAUCACUGACCAACAUAUCUGGUUUCUUAUGGCUUAACUUGGAGAUAUAUGUGUAUGUAUAACUUCUAUAAUUUCAUUAAAAUAAAUAUGUCACUCUUUGUUGUUGAAAAUAUUCACUUAUCAAAUUUCUAAUGUAGCUAACAAAACACCUUUUUAUCUGUAAUCAGAUUCUCACCUAAAUGAACAUUCUAAAACUGAAGAUGUAUUAAUAAAUGUGCUCUUUGGCACUUACAUGGGACUUUUUAAUUUGAUCCAAUGUAGCUGAUCAUUUUAUGCUUGUAUUUGUAUUUUAACUGUAUGACCAGUUUGAGGCUUUCACACUGUAUACCAAUUAAAGCUUUUAGAAAUCUGCACUAACAUGUUGUCACUGUAAUGUACAAUUUAAGAUGUGUCAUCUUUGAGGCACUAACAUGUUCUCACUGUAACAUACAAUUUAAGAUGUGUCAUCUUUGAGGCACUAACAUGUUCUCAAUGUAACAUACAAUUUAAGAUGUAUCAUCUUUGAGUCACUAACAUGUUCUCAAUGUAACAUACAAUUUAAGAUGUGUCAUCUUUAAGGCACUAACAUGUUCUCAAUGUAACAUACAAUUUGAGAUGUGUCAUCUUUGAGGCACUAACAUGUUCUCAAUGUAACAUAUAAUUUAAGAUGUGUCAUCUUUGAGGCACUAACAUGUUCUCAAUGUAACAUACAAUUUAAGAUGUGUCAUCUUUGAGGUACUAACAUGUUGUCACUGUAACAUACAAUUUAAGAUGUGUCAUCUUUGAGGUACUAACAUGUUGUCACUGUAACAUACAAUUUAAGAUGUGUCAUCUUUGAGGCACUAACAUGUUCUCAAUGUAACAUACAAUUUAAGAUGUGUCAUCUUUGAGGCACUAUCAUGUUCUCACCUUAACAUACAAUUUAAGAUGUGUCAUCUUUGAGGCCCUAACAUGUUGUCACUGUAACAUACAAUUUAAGAUGUGUCAUCUUUGAGGCACUAUCAUGUUCUCACCUUAACAUACAAUUUAAGAUGUGUCAUCUCUAAGAUGAAUUAUUUAGCUUUUGUUUCUGCUUGAUCUCACAUCACUGAGGGUGUGUUCUGUUCAAAUGCUUUUCAUAGUUUUGCCUAAAUGCUAGCAUUGUACUCCAUUUCAAACAUAUGACAAAUUUAAUAAAAACAUUAGUAUUAAAUUUAUGAUAAAGAAAAAAGUGAAUUUUACCAAAUAUAAUGUAGUUGUUCACUAAUUUUCUUUAGCAGUAAGAUAUUUUUGAUAAUUUCUGUAAAACAAAAAUACCACAAUCCUCACAUCCAAAAACUACAAAUGUUAAAAAUCUGUUUUAUGAUAUUAAUAUUUUUUAUAAAAUGUUAACAAAUGUAUGAAAAAUAUUUUAGGUUACAUAAUAAUUCUAAUUUUAUUUUAAAAAUUAAUAAAUUUAUGACAAUAAUCUAAGAAUGUGUACUGAAUGUGAUGUGUGAAUUUUUUGAAUAUUUAAUCUAGAUCAUAUUUUUUAUUUAAUUUAUCUGUAUAUAAUUACUUCUUUUGAAGUUCUGGUUAGAAAUUCACUUGUCAAAAAAUAAAGUCAUUAUGUCGAUGUAUACAGUACCCCUUCAAAAGAUGGCUUAAAUGGUGCAUUCCAAAUAAUAUUCUUGUGACAUUGAAAUAUUUAAAUCUUUUCUUUUAAUUAUUUUUAAAAAUUAGUUGUUGUUUUUUUUCAAAAUCUAGUAGCACCCUAAAAACUCACAAGCCUCCAAGCCACCACUUUCCUUCUGUUGAGAAUCUGUGAGAUAAACAAAGACACAUUAAACGUUCAACCGCUGACAUUAGGCAGAGAUCGAUAAUCACAUGAUACUUAAAUCAUCACUCCCAGCUUUAUCAUCAGUUACCAAAUGUGCUAGCGCCUUAUUGUGUAUUCCAGGUGACUACUAAUGAGACUGACUGGAUCAAGCCCCUCUCAUCUACGGCUACAUCAACAUACUCACUGCCUAAAGGUAAUGGGAAUUCUUUAAUUUAAGCAUAUAGGGCAAACAGAUUUAUAUUAAUUUUCAGAAUGUGGAUUUUUUUAAAUAGAGAGUAGACAAUUUUUAUCACUUUUUCAAUAAUGUCAAACAUUAAUUGUUUUAGUUUUCUGAAAACUGAAAAGAUUAAGAUAGGUCGUCGUCUCCAGUAUAAUUUUCUUAAUUCUUCACAAGGUACAACAUUUUAUGAUGAUACAACUUACCUAAAGCCAGCUGACAGAGAGGUAGGCCAUCAUCUGUGAAAUUUUUGUUCAAUAGGAGGUAUCAGGAUGCAUUGGGGUAUAGAAGGAUGUUAAGUGGGAGAUAACAAGAUGCAUUGGGUGUAGGGAGGUAAUCAAGGAUAGGUAAUAAGAUGCAUCGGGGUGUAAGUCAUGGGAAUGUUCAAUGGGAUGUAAUCAGUUGUAGUUGGGUAUAGGGGAUGUUCAAUGAGAGUUAAUCAUAUGAAGUGGGCUGUAAGUCAGUGGUUUUCAAUGCUUAUGCUGCAAUGAUUACGCCCAAGACUGCCAACGGUAUGUGAAUCACUGUGGUUAGUGUGAGUUUGUGUGUCAUGAGUUGUAGUUGUGUCUUAAUUGUGACUGGAUGAAAGGAAAAAGUGUGAUAAACAAGUGUGUGGGAUAUAAUGUGUGUGGGGUAUAAGGUGUGUGGGGUAUAAGGUGUGUGGGGUAUAAUGUGUGUGGGGUAUAAGGCGUGUGGGAUAUAAGGUGUGUGGGAUAUAAGGUGUGUGGGAUAUAAGGUGUGUUGGAUAUAAGGUGUGUGGGAUAUAAGGUGUGUGGGAUAUAAGGUGUGUGGGAUAUAAGGUGUGUGGGAUAUAAGGUGUGUGGGAUAUAAUGUGUGGGAUAUAAUGUGUGGGAUAUAAGGUGUGUGGGAUAUAAGGUGUGUGGGAUAUAAGGUGUGUGGGAUAUAAGGUAUGUGGGAUAUAAGGUGUGUGGGAUAUAAGGUGUGUGGGAUAUAAGGUGUGUGGGAUAUAAGGUGUGUGGGAUAUAAGGUGUGUGGGAUAUAGUGUGUGGGAUAUAAGGUGUGUGGGAUAUAAGGUGUGGGAUAUAAUGUGUGGGAUAUAAGGUGUGUGGGAUAUAAGGUGUGUGGGAUAUAAGGUGUGUGGGAUAUAAGGUAUGUGGGAUAUAAGGUAUGUGGGAUAUAAGGUGUGUGGGAUAUAAGGUGUGUGGGAUAUAAGGUGUGUGGGAUAUAAGGUGUGUGGGAUAUAGUGUGUGGGAUAUAAGGUGUGUGGGAUAUAAUGUGUGGGAUAUAAUGUGUGGGAUAAAAGGUGUGUGGGAUAUAAUGUGUGGGUGAUAAGGUGUGUGGGAUAUAAGGUGUGUGGGAUAUAAGUUGUGUGGGAUAUAAUGUGUGGGAUAUAAGGUGUGUGGGAUAGAAGGUGUGGGAUAUAAGGUGUGUGUGUGUGUGGGAUAUGGGGUGUGUGGGAUAUGGUGUGUGUGGGAUAUAAGGUGUGUGGGAUAUGGUGUGUGUGGGAUAUGGUGUGUGGGAUAUAAGGUGUGUGGGAUAUAAUGUGUGGGAUAUAAUGUGUGGGAUAAAAGGUGUGUGGGAUAUAAUGUGUGGGUUAUAAGGUGUGUGGGAUAUAAGGUGUGUGGGAUAUAAGUUGUGUGGGAUAUAAUGUGUGGGAUAUAAGGUGUGUGGGAUAUAAUGUGUGGGAUAUAAGGUGUGUGGGAUAUAAGGUGUGUGGGAUAUAAGGUGCGUGGGAUAUAAGGUGUGUGGGAUAUAAGGUGUGUGGGAUAUAAUGUGUGGGAUAUAAAGUGUGUGGGAUAUAAUGUGUGGGAUAUAAGGUGUGUGGGAUAUAAUGUGUGGGAUAUUAGGUGUGUGGGAUAUAAUGUGUGGGAUAUAAAGUGUGUGGGAUAUAAGGUGUGUGGGAUAUAAAGUGUGGGAUAUAAGGUGUGUGGGAUUAAGGUGUGUGGGAUAUAAGGUGUGUGGGAUAUAAGGUGUGUGUUAUGGGGUAUAAGGUGUGUGGGGUAUAAUGUGUGUGGGGUAUAAUGUGUGUGCGUUAUAAAGUGUGUGGGAUAUAAGGUGUGUGGGGUAUAAUGUGUGUGGGGUAUAAGGUGUGUGCGUUAUAAGGUGUGUGGGAUAUAAGGUGUGUGGGGUAUAAUGUGUGUGGGGUAUAAGGUGUGUGGGGUAUAAGGUGUAUGGGGUAUAUGGUGUGUGGGUUAUAAGGUGUAUGGGAUAUAAGGUGUGUGGGAUAUUAGGUGUGUGGGGUAUAAUGUGUGGGAUAUAAAGUGUGUGGGAUAUAAGGUGUGUGGGAUAUAAAGUGUGGGAUAUAAGGUGUGUGGGAUUAAGGUGUGUGGGAUAUAAGGUGUGUGGGAUAUAAGGUGUGUGGGAUAUAAAGUGUGUGGGAUAUAAUGUGUGUGGGAUAUAAUGUGUGGGAUAUAAUGUGUGGGAUAUAAAGUGUGUGGGAUAUAAGGUGUGUGGUGUAUAAGGUGUGUGGGAUAUAAGGUGUGUGGGAUAUAAAGUGUGUGGAAUAUAAGGUGUGUGGAGUAUAAGGUGUGUGCGUUAUAAGGUCUGUGCGUUAUAAGGUGUGUGGGAUAUAAGAUGUGUGGGGUAUAAGGUGUGUGGUAUAUAAGGUGUGUGGGUAUAAUGUGUGGGGGUAUAAGGUGUGUGCGUUAUAAAGUUUGUGGGAUAUAAGGUGUAUGGGGUAUAAGGUGUGUGGGGUAUAAUGUGUGUGGGGUAUAAUGUGUGUGCGUUAUAAAGUGUGUGGGAUAUAAGGUGUGUGGGGUAUAAUGUGUGUGGGGUAUAAUGUGUGUGCGUUAUAAAGUGUGUGGGAUAUAAGGUGUGUGGGGUAUAAUGUGUGUGGGGUAUAAGGUGUGUGGAGUAUAAGGUGUAUGGGGUAUAUGGUGUGUGCGUUAUAAAGUGUAUGGGAUAUAAGGUGUGUGGGAUAUAAAGUGUUUGGUAUAUAAGGUGUGUGUGAUAUAAGGUGUAUGUGGUAUAAGGUGUGUGCGUUAUAAAGUGUGUGGGAUAUAAGGUGUUUGGGAUAUAAGGUGUUUGGGAUAUAAGGUGUGUGGGAUAUAAGGUGUUUGGGAUAUAAGGUGUUUGGGAUAUAAGGUGUUUGGGAUAGAGAGGAGAGUUAGUUGAGUUUUUAGUUCACAACAGUUGAUUUUGAUUUGAGAUGGGGAGUCAACUUUAGUUCUGGGAGUAUCCCAGAAGUUGAUGAACAGUAGCCCAGUAGUUGGUGUACGAUAUCCCAGAUGUUCAGUAGCCCAGGUGUUCUAGUUGAGUUUUCACUCAAAGUGAUGUUAGUUCCCAUGAUGGGAGUUUUGUACAAUAUUAGAUGAUGUUAGUUCCCAUGAUGGGAGUUUUGUACAAUAUUAGAUGACGUUAGUCCCCAUGAUGGGAGUAGUGUACAAUAUUAGAUGAUUUUAGUUCCCAUGAUGGGAGUUGUGUACAAUAUUAGAUGAUGUUGGUUCCCAUGAUGGGAGUUGUGUACAAUAUAAGAUGAUGUUAGUCCCCAUGAUGGGAGUAGUUUACAAUAUUAGAUGAUGUUAGUUCACAUGAUGGGAGUUGUGUACAAUAUUAGAUGAUGUUGGUUCCCAUGGUGGGAGUUGUGUACAAUAUAAGAUGAUGUUAGUUCCCAUGAUGGGAGUUGUGUACAAUAUUAGAUGAUGUUGGUUCCCAUGAUGGGAGUUUUGUACAAUAUAAGAUGAUGUUAGUCCCCAUGAUGGGAGUUGUGUACAAUAUUAGAUGAUGUUGGUUCACGUGACGAGAGUUGUGUAGGUGCAGAGUGAUGAUGUGUUACAGUGAAUCUAGACAACAAUUUCAAAAAUACUGAAGGGGUCUUGACCACAGAACUCAGAAUUUUAACAAAUUUGCCAAGACAAUGACAGUAGACUCCUUCUCAUAACAGGUCACUGUCAGGGCCAAAAUGAUUGAAGCCAAAUUUCAUGAAGAGAAACUGAAACUGCAACAGAAACAUGAUGUUGAUGUUAAGAAGGUGAGGGUAACAUCAUUAGAUAACGAUCACAUCAUUCAUCAUGUUGAUUCAGUUGUUGUUUUUAAUCAUCACUUCUUUCUCUCUCUCUUAAAGAAAUGCACAAAACUGAUGAUGAAAAUAUUCUUUACUUGUCUCAAUCAAAAACUUGGACCACUUGUUGAAGAGAAGAAAGUUGACUUCACUCUUCAUUUUGAAUGAAUUUGUAUAUUAUUAUUAUGUUAUCAUCACAAACAACAGAUACUAGAACGUAAAAAUGCUGAGAUUGAAGACGUCAAGAAAACGUACAGAGAUAAAAGCAGAGACCUGGAGGACACCAUCGAUAAGCUGGAGAAAAAAGGUUGGUAACUGUGUAAGAGAUGUCAUGGGGAAACUGAGAAAGAGUUUUAGAACCCUCUUACUUACUUAUUCCUUUCUGCCCCUUCUGGGGCAUGGGGCAUCUACAAGAAUUUUCCACUCAUCACGGUCCUUGUGCUUUCCUUUCCUAUUGCUUCCAGGUGUAUCCCAUAUUUUACGUUUCUGCCUCUAGCUCGCGUCUCCAUGUAUUCUUAGGGCUUCCUAUCUUUCUUUUUCCUUGAGGGUUUCAUGUUAGGCAUUGUCUGGUGAUGCUACCUGGGGGGUUUCGGAGCGUAUGCCCUAUCCACCUCCAUCUUUUCUUUAUCAAAGUGACUCCUUGCGUGUGCGGAGCAUUUUCCUCCUCAUGCCCCGAAUACAUUAGCAUUUCUCCAGAGGCCAAAGUUGUUUGUCCAGCUUGUAUCCCUCUUGUUUCACAGAUGCCAAGCAGUUUAAGUUUGUAAGAUGACAUUUCUGCUGCCACCUACGCUGCUUUCCCUGUUUCAUACAUGGUUCUGACGUUCCACGUGCCUAUGUUUGUUUCCUUAGAAAGGAGGGUCUUCGGCUUUGAGGCUUCCAGUAUAGCCUGGGAUUGGCCUCAAGGCUUCAUAGCUCUUCUUGGAGAAGAAGAAUCCUCUCUUCUCAGGGCUGAAAUUGGUUGGUUUUUUCUUGUUGACGUUUCUGUAGCAAUUUGUUUUUACUGUUGAGGUAGCUGGCCUUACGCCAACCCUCCUCCUUUUGCACCCGGGCUUGGGACCGGCCUUGGUGGAGUUUGUAAAACCCUCGUCAUUUUUAAUUGAUCAACCAUGGCAAAUUGACAUCUUGUGAUAUUUGCCUGGGACAUGGGCCACCUGGGAUGUAGGCCACCUGGGAUGUAGACCACCUGGCAUGUAGGCCACCUGGGACAUGGACCAUCUGGGACAUAGGCCACCUGGGAUGUGGGCCACCUGGGAUAUAGGCCACAUGGGAUAUGGGCCACCUGAGAUGUAGACCACCUGGGAUGUGGGCCACCUGGGACAUGGGCCACCUGGGAUGUGGGCCACCUGGGAUAUAGGCCACAUGGGAUAUGGGCCACCUGAGAUGUAGACCACCUGGGAUGUGGGCCACCUGGGAUGGGGGUCACCUGGGAUGGGGGUCAACUGGGAUUUAGGCCACCUGGGAUGUAACCAAGCUAUAAGAGAUUCCAGGCAUCCUCACGGUAAGGCUCAGUGUCUCCACACAUGUCUAUUGUCCUCCCAACUGUUGAUAUGACCUAACAUUCAUGGUGACCAAGGAAAAUCUGCGCCUGAUAUGGAUCCUGAUAACGUACACACACAUGCACGCACACACACACACACUCACAAAUUUCAUCACUAAACGAUUAUAGGCCUCUAAAUAUAUCUGGAUAGCUUGAUGAUUUUUGUGCCCACUUUGGUGCCCCAUUCGGUGCCCCUUUUUGAUGACUCGUUUUGGUGUACCCUUUUGCUGACUCCUUUUGUUGUCCCCUUUUAGUGACUCCUUUGGGUGACUUCUGUAUGUAUCUGUAGUAAAUCAUUUAUUAGCUGGCAAAGGGAGGUAACACUUUGUCCAACUCUUGUUUCUCGUCCAGACUUGUGAGCGGCCCGAGACCAGCAUUUAUAGGAAUACAAAUAUUUUGCUGUUAAAACUUUAGAGUUGUCUUAGUGGAACAACUGCAAAAUGAAAUGUCUCUCAUAUGAGAUGGAAUGUGCAGGAAUGGGUGAUAGUUAUUUGGAUGAUAACAUAUUCAUUGAUUUCCUUUAAGAGUAUGCUCUUAAGAAAUAUAAAAAAACAUAUGAAUGAAUUAAAACAUUGGAUUUGUUUCUCCUUAAAUUCUCUCUGAUGUAUCUCAGUUUCUCCUUACAGUGCAAACAUUACUCAAAGAGACAGAGUUUAUCAGACAAUCAAAAGACAAACAGAUUGGUGAGUUGAAAAAAUUGGCAGAGGAUUCCCAUGAGGCAAGAAAAAAUGAAUUUGAAAAAAGGGUGAGCACCAAGUACAUGUGUCUCUGUUUCCAUCUGUCUGUUACAUCUUUUUUUAGUUUAUAUCUGUCUCUGUUUACAUCCAACUCUGUUUAUAUCUAUAACUGUUUACAUCUGUAUCUGUUUACAUCUGUAUCUGUUUACAUCUGUAUCUGUUUACAUCCAACUCUAUUUAUAUUCAACUCUGUUUACAUCGAACUCUAUUUAUAUUCAACUCUGUUUACAUCCAACUCUAUUUAUAUUCAACUCUGUUUACAUCCAACUCUAUUUAUAUUCAACUCUGUUUACAUCCAACUCUAUUUAUAUUCAACUCUGUUUACAUCCAACUCUAUUUAUAUUCAACUCUGUUUACAUCCAACUCUAUUUAUAUUCAACUCUGUUUACAUCCAACUCUGUUUAUAUUCAACUCUGUUUACAUCCAACUCUGUUUAUAUUCAACUCUGUUUACAUCCAACUCUAUUUAUAUCCAACUCUGUUUACAUCCAACUCUAUUUAUAUUCAACUAUGUUUACAUCCAACUCUAUUUAUAUUCAACUCUGUUUACAUCCAACUCUAUUUAUAUUCAACUCUGUUUACAUCCAACUCUGUUUAUAUUCAACUCUGUUUACAUCCAACUCUGUUUAUAUUCAACUCUGUUUACAUCCAACUCUAUUUACACCCAGCACUGUUUAAAUCCAACUCUUUUUAAAUCCAAAUCUGUUUAAAUCAAGCUCUGUUUAGAUUUCUCUCUUUUUUAUUUUGAAAAAAAAAAUUCAUGGAAUCCUACUUGUUGCUCUACAAGAAUCCCUAACUUUCAUUCUUGUGUAAUGUCGUCAGCUUCAUGAGGCCCUGACUGAGUUUGAGGAAGAGAAAUUUGAACUGCAGAAACAGCACACACAAAAUAUUCAGGAAAUCCUGGAUGACACCAAUGACAGACUUCAGCGAAUGGAGACAGAGUACAGUAAGCAGACAACUAUCACGGUCAGUUGGCCACAUCAUUAAACUUACUCUUUUUAUUUUGUGUAUGUUUCCAUGUUUCAGACCAUUAUUGUGUGUUUCCAUGUUUCAGACCAUUAUUGUAUGUUUCCAUGUUUCAGACCACUAUUAUAUGUUUCCAUGUUUCAGACAGCUAUAUAUGUUUCCGUGUUUCAGAUCAUUAUUGUAUGUUUCCAUGUUUCAGCUACAUACAUUAGGCAUGUAUGCUACUAUGUUAUAUUUCCAUGUUUCAGACCACAACUUCUGAUCUCUCAGGUUGGCAUGUAUGCUACUAUGUUAUAUUUCCAUGUUUCAGACCACUGUCAUCAAAGAGUUGGAAUCAAGAGUCCAGCAACUGAUGAAUGAAGUGGACAACACAUUAAGUCAGAGAUCUGUGGUAGAGAAGGAGAAAAUGGAUGCUAUGGCAAAAUAUGAAAAACUAAACAGUGAAUAUGAGAGACUGAGAGAUAGGUGAGUAGUCUGAGCAGAAGGUGGGUAGACUGUGAGUAUUCUGAGCAGAAGGUGAGUAGACUGAGAGAUCGGUGAGUAGUCUGAGCAGAAAGUGAGUAGACUGAGAGAUAGGUAAGUAAUAAUAGCAAAUUGUGAGUAGGCUGACAGAAAAGUGAGUAGACUGACACAAAGGUGAGUAGACUGACACAAAGGUGAGUAGACUGACACAAAGGUGAGUAGACUUGCACAAAGGUGAGUCGACUGACACAAAGAUGAGUAGACUGACACAAAGGUGAGUAGACUGACACAAAGGUGAGUAGACUGACACAAAGGUGAGUAGACUGACACAAAGGUGAGUAGACUGACACAAAGGUGAGUAGACUAAGAUAAAGGUAGUUAGAUAAGAGAAAGGUGAGUAUGAUUGAGUGAGUAAUUUUUCUUUUGAAAUUAUUUUUAAACUUCCAUGUUUAAGUGAACUGUUGAUGGUAAAGUUAAUGUGAAAGGUCCAAUUCGUUAAGUGCUGCAACAGUUGCUAGAAUGCUUCGUUGAACUGACCCAUUGUGCCUUGUUGUACUGACCCAUUGUGCCUUGUUGAACAGACCCAUUGUGCCUUGUUGAACUGAACCAUUGUGCCUUGUUGAACUGACCCAUUAUGCCUUGUUGAACUGACCCAUUGUGCCUUGUUGAACUGACCCAUUGUGCCUUGUUCAACUGACCCAUUGUGCCUUGUUAACUGACCCAUUGCGCCUUGUUGAACUGACCCAUUGUGCCUUGUUGAACUGACCCGUUGUGCCUUGUUCAACUGACCCAUUGUGCCUUGUUAACUGACCCAUUGUGCCUUGUUGAACUGACCCAUUGUGUCUUGUUGAAAUGACCCAUUGUGCCUUGUUGAACUGACCCAUUGUGCCUUGUUGAACUGACCCAUUGUGCUUUGUUGAACUGACCCAUUGUGCUUUGUUGAACUGACCCAUUGUGCCUUGUUGAACUGACCCGUUGUGCCUUGUUAAACUGACCCGUUGUGCCUUGUUGAACUGACCCAUUGUGCCUUGUUGAACUGACCCAUUGUGCCUUGUUGAACUGACCCGUUGUGCCUUGUUGAACUGACCCAUUGUGCUUUGAUGAACUGACCCAUUGUGCCUUGAUGAACUGACCCAUUGUGCCUUGAUGAACUGACCCAUUGUGCCUUGUUGAACUGACCCGUUGUGCCUUGUUGAACUGACCCAUUGUGCCUCCUACUGCGGACAGAAUGUGCCAACAAGACAGAGACUACCAGCUGGCCACUGAGACACACGAACAUGAACUCAGGAGUUUGAAAAACAAGACAGAGGCCAGUCUGGAGUACUUGAGACAAGAGCAUUCAUUAGCGGCAAGCAAGGUAUCUAACUUUUGUCAGUCUUGACUAUUCACUUGAAUCAAACAAGGUGCAUAACUCUUUACUGUCUUAAAAAUUCACUGAGGGCAAGCAAGGGGCAUAACUUAUUACUAUCUUAAUUAUUUACUGGCUGUGAGCGAGUGGCUUAACUCUUGUUUUUCUUUUCCUAUUGUAUUCUCCCCUUAAUAUCAGUGCAAGUCAGUCAUAGAAGUUUUUUUUUUACUCUGACAAGACUCCCACAUUUAAUUGUUGGAGGAUGAAAUCCAUUGCUCAAACAUUUCUUAAGACAAUGGUUAGUUGCUAUGUUGGUCAGUAACAAAAAAAUAAAAAGCUUAUAUUAUAUAACUCAAUCAACCGUAUGACAGUCAUUAUAGUGUUGGCUUGUUAACAUUCAGGCAGCAGACAACAUAGCAGAGCUGGAAGAACGUGUUGACCAACUCAAGAAAUCCCUGAAAGAAACAGAAGAACACAGACAACGGCAGAUGAGGGCAAGUCUCUUUUUACCUUCGUCAAUGUUCAGACAAAGUGUGAAAUACUGUGAAUCCCCCCAGAAAAAUAAUUGUCUGGUCGUUCAAUCAGACAAACAUAUAGUUGCAACGUUCUAAAUCUAGCAUAGGUUCAAAGUACAAGAAAAUAUCCAAAUAAAUGGAUAGGUAAUGGCUGGAUUUACUCACAGAUAAUAUUUCAAAACAAAGCCAUAUUGAAAGUAGAUUUUAAAAAUAAAUUUUAUAAAAAGACAUGUUUAUAUUUCCAGGAACUGGAACAGAGUCACCAGCAAGACAAAAUACAUCUGGAAAAUCUUCAUGACAAGCAGGUAAUGGUAUUCAAUUCUUCCAGCAAACAGUAGUAGAGUACAGUGACAGUGUCACAGAGUAUGUGAGUUUACCACAGAGCACAGUGACAGUGUCACAGAGUGUGUGAUUUACCACAGAGUACAGUGACAGUGUCACAGAGUGCAUGAGUUAACCACAGAGUACAGUGAGGUUGCAACAGAGUACAGUGACAGUGUCACACAUUAUGUGAGUUUACCACAGAGUACAGUGACAGUGUCACAGAGUGCAUGAGUUUACCACAGAGUACAGUGACAGUGUCACAGAGUGUGUGAGUUUACACAGAGUACAGUGACAGUGUCACAGAGUGUGUGAGUUUACCACAGAGUAAAGUGACAGUGUCAUAGAGUACGUGAGGUUACCACAAAGUACAGUGACAGCAUCACAGAGUGCAGCGACAGCAUCACAGAGUGCAGUGACAGCGUCACAGAGUGCAGUGACAGCAGCAGAGGUACAGUGUCAUAAAGUAAGUAUAAUGACAGGCAACCUACAAACCGAUGAGGUCAUCAAUGUUUAUCUAUUUGCAGGUUCGCAGUUUGAAGAAAGAAAUGGAACAGCUGGAUGCUGACUGGAAUAAGAAAGUGGGACAGCUAGAACAGCUGACCAAGUAAGUUGGUGACCCUCCCACAUUUCUCCAACCUUUACUAUUCUCUGAUCCCACAAUUCUCUUACCUUUACAUUUUCCUAACUCCCCACAUUUCUCUUACUCCCACAUUCUCUAACUCGAAAAUGUUCUAACCCCCGCAUUUCUCUAACCCCCACAUUUCUCUUAUGCCCACACAUCCUAUGUUUUCACCAAUGCAGAGACAAAGAUCAAGAGAUGACCAAACUGAAAGAACAGAAACAACAGCAAUGUGUUCAGUCAGAGCUCGCCUUGGAAGACUUCAAGUCUCAGGUGGAGAGGAACCAGACCAGAAUCUACGAUGAGAUGAAGCAACAGGUGAGACAGGCCAGGCCAAAGGUCAUGGACGCAAUGUCACAUGACCAUUCGGUAUCUAUAGCAUCCUACAUAAGAUAUAUAUAUAGAUGAAGUGGUUGGGGGGGGGGGUGAUGUUUUGUUAGGUUUUUUUUAAAGUUUAACCUUUGAACUAAUUUUAUAACAGUGCAACUCAGUCUGUAUAUUUCUGGGAAAUUAUUAUUUUUUUAAUUUUGGCUUUUAUUUCUUAGAUGCAGAAAGUAGAAAGUGAUCUCCAAAAGUCCAAACAGGCAAGAGAGAAACAGUCCAAAGAAUUGGCCAGGCAGAUGGAGGAGGAACGCUACAAACAUCAACAGGAGGUAUUGAAUAGUGGAAUAGAACCUUGUAAAGAUUUUACCUUACAUUUUUCUUGCUAAUUAUUUCAACUUUUAUUAUAGAGAUGUAAGAACCUGUCAGGCAUCCAUUAUAGAGAUGUAAGAAUCUUUCAGGCAUCCAUUAUAGAGAUGUAAGAAUCUGUCAGACAUCCAUUAUAGAGAUGUAAGAAUCUUUCUGGCAUCCAUUAGAGAUGUAAGAACCUGUCAGGCAUCCAUUAGAGAUGUAAGAACCUGUCAGGCAUCCAUUAUAGAGAUGUAAGAACCUGUCAGACAUCCAUGAAAGAACUGCAGGAUACAUCAGUUUGAGAACCCCUGAUAUUUCCAUCAUUUGAAUGAUGUUCUGGAUUUGUCACAUUAUGUCACCACCAUGAAAACAUAGGAUAUCUGUCAACAGGGGAAUCCAAGGUGGAUGACCAUGUCAAUAUUUUUAUUUCUACAGGUAGCUGAGAUCAAACUAUCAUUUGAGGGGGAGAAGUCCCAGAUGCUGAGAGAGUUCCACAUGCAGAAAGAAUACAUCCUGAGUGAAAAUGAGAGGGAUAUAGAGAACUUAAAAGAACUCCAUCGAGCAGAAAUCUUGGCCUUGGAAGCCAGGCUGCGGGAGAAGCAGGAUAAGUCAGAAAAGGUUUGUGUAGACAUCAUGGCUGGGGCUUCGCUGAGCUCUGUAAAUUAACUCUUAGUACUUGCCAAAUCCAGUCAAGUACUUUUUCCUGGUAUAAUAGGAAUACAUUUGAUGCCCAUAAAAACUGAGUAUUUUAUCUCGUUCUAUUUCAGAAACUGCAUGAAAUGUAUCCCUUUUAUAAAAGUGCUAUUUCUCGUUAAGAUCUAACUAUAUAAAUAUUCAUCCAUUGAAAAGUUUCAUGUCUUGAUGAUGAUUGUGUUUAAAAGAAAUAUGGGGAAAGAAAUCAAAUGUGUCUUAGUAGUCAUAUUGAAAGUGGUAGUUCAGGCACAUAUUUAAAACAUUUUAGCCAAGUGAGAAAUAAUAAACCCGCCUAGAAACAGGGAAUGGUUUGCUUUGAAAUCUGUGAAUUAUUAGUACGAUAGAAAUUUUUGUUUCUUUAGGCAGCAACAGACAGUGACAGGAUGAUCCGUGAGUUGAGAGAAGAACUUCUUCAAGCAAAUCAACUCCGAAAACAACAGCUGGUGGAACUAGGAUUACUGCGAGAGGAAGAGAAACAGAAGAUGAAUCGAGACCACGAGGCAGAGGUCAGUUAUUUUUUAAAUAAUUGAGCUACUUCAUUUUUUUAAAUUUUUUUUUUAUUUUUUAAAUUUAAGUAAAAAAAAAAUAUUUCUGAUCAGUAAAAUUAACAUUAAUAAUAAUAUUAACAUGAUUAAGUUUGUUGGAAAUAUUCUGUGACAUUAUGUGUUGGGAUCACUUUCUGUGUCCAAAGCCUUAUUUCUAUUGGUGAUGUCAUGUCUCUCUGUCUGCUCAGCUUGUGCGCGUGAGGGCGGACAUGGAACAACAGAGGCUCGAGCUACAGAGGACGCACAGUUUGGAGAUGGAAACACUACUAGAGAAGGUGUCAGGAAUAUUUGUAUCUUCCCACUGUGCGCUUUGUGUGUGUGGUGUGUGUUUGUUUUGUGUAGUGGGGAGUGGAAUUUUCCCUCUGAAUUCCAUCAUUUUAAUUUAUUAUUACUUAAGGUAGAGAAACCCUAGAAUAUAAUAAAAAAAUAUGUCUCUGCCUGUCAUGGGCUUCUUGAUCAAUGAAAUGAGGUUUAGAAUGUCUGAUAAAAAAAUGUUCAAAUGUCUAUCCAGACAAACCACCGGCUCAAGAAUAUUGAGAAGGACUUUGCUGACCGAGCCAACAAGGCAUCAGAGGUGAGUGGGAGAAGUUCCUUGUCCUGUUAAUGAAUUUAUUACAUUUUAUUUGUUUUCUUUGGAAGUGUUAAGUAUUUGACUGGGCUGAGUUUUUGGCUGUGCUAAGUAUUUGUCUGUGCUAAGUAUUUGGCUGUAAUUGAAAUUAGGUUGGCUAAUUAUUGAUAGAUGGCUUUGAAACAUUAUUUUGGAAAUUAUCCCUUGAAUGCAACAAAAUCUUCCAAAUACCUGGUUUAGCCAUGGGUUGGGAACAAAUAGCUGGUUUACCCAUGGGUUGGGAACAAAUAGCUGGUUUAACCAUGAGUUGGGAACAAAUAGCUGGUUUAACCAAUUAGUUGGGAACAAAUAGCUGGUUUACCCAUGGGUUGGGAACAAAUCGCUGGUUUAACCAUGGGUUGGGAACAAAUAGCUGGUUUAGCCAUGGGUUGGGAAAAAAUAGCUGGUUUAACCAUGAGUUGGGAACAAAUAGCUGGUUUACCCAUGAGUUGGGAACAAAUAGCUGGUUUACCCAUGAGUUGGAAACUACUAGCUGGUUUACCCAUGAGUUGGGAACAAAUAGCUGGUUUAACCAUGGGUUGGGAACAAAUAGCUGGUUUACCCAUGAGUUGGGAACAAAUAGCUGGUUUACCCAUGGGUUGGGAACAAAUUCAAAUUUUUAAUUAUCACUUUCAAGACAAUGUUAUAUGAUUCUGAACUUGACAGUUUAAAUAAUUUCAUCAUUAGAUUUUUCCAAAGAAUACAAACUCUGGGAUGAAGCACUGCGGGUUCUGGUGUUAACUGUGCUAAAAUGAAGUGCAGGUACUUUUGGUCUUUUUUUAUGUCAACAUAACUUCUGUUAUUUGGUUAUUUCUGAGUUUAGUCAGUGACAGAGCUGCAGACAGUGACAGCCCAGCUGAGAGCAGAGCUUCAGAGGUAUUUUGUCAUAUCAUUUCUUUAUCUCUCUUUGAGAAUAACUUGAUCAUUUUUAGUUGCACCUCAUUCAUUUAUGAAAACAUCUUCAUGGAGAUAAAAUGUUCUUUGUCUUUAGUUGAAUUCUGACUAUUUUAUCCAUCUUAUGUUGCACUAAAUGACAUUAAACAAAAAUGAAAGAGAAAUCAUUUUUAUGGUUGCUGAGCUGUCGAGAUUCUGUCACGUUAAUCAAAGUUUUGUUUUCAACACACAAAUUGUAGCAGCAAGGAAGCCGGUGAAAUGAGACUGUCUGAAUUAAAACUUCGCCACGAGGAAGAGAAACAGAUUCUACGUAAACAGUAUUCCCAGAACUUGGCGGUGAGUUGUUUCAAAUUAUAUUAAAUAAUGGGGAGAAAUAAUUUAGAGGUUUUUACCGACACUCAUUUUCACUUGGUUUUAUCUUUAAAAGAAACAGAGAAUUUUAUGUUUUUAUUAAAUAUUGAUCGCCAAAGUCAUUAAUCAGUUUUUGUCAUUUUGUCUUUUGCCUAUGGUUUGACUAAAUUAGGGGGAUUUCUUUGUUGUAGGGGGAGGAGCUUGUGCAGUAGAAGGAGGCAUGUAUAACAGUGAGAGGAUCUUGUGUAGCAGUGGGAGGAGCAUGUGUAGCAAUGGGCAGAGCAUGUUUAGCGAUGGGAAGAGCAUGGGUAGCAGUGGGGAGGAGCUGGUAUAGCAGUGGGGAGAAGCAUGUGUAGCAAUGGGUGGAGCUUGUGUAUGAGUGGGAGGAGCUUGUGUAGCAGUGGGAGGAGCCUGUGGCUUUCAUUCUUUAAAUUUAUGUAGAUCAAGUCAAAGAUGAAAUUAUAGUUUUUGAACUGCAUAGAUUUUUUUAAAAGUAUUAAUUGGUUAGUGCUGAUUGUUUACUCAGACCAUUCAACACGAGCUAGAGGCUCAGAUCAACAGGGCCCGCCACUCUGAGAGAAGAUUACAGCAAGAGGAAUCUGAGCAUGAGGAAAAGGUGAGGUAAAAUGUAGACUAUUCCAAGUGAGGCAGGGUGGAUAUUGUCAACGCCACCCACCUUCCACAAACAGUUGCCCCAAUUUGAUUAAAUUUGAACUCAAGGCUUUGUAUGAUGACACAAUAACAUCAAACAGUUGCCACAAUUUGAUUAAAUUUGAACUCAAGGUUUUGUAUGAUGACACAAUAACAUCAAACAGUAGCCACAAUUUGAUUAAAUUUGAACUCAAGGCUUUGUAUGAUGACACAAUAACAUCAAACAGUUGCCACAAUUUGAUUAAAUUUGAACUCAAGGUUUUGUAUGAUGACACAAUAACAUCAAACAGUAGCCACAAUUUGAUUAAAUUUGAGCUCAAGGUUUUGUAUGAUGACACAAUAAAAUCAAACAAUUGCCACAAUUUGAUUAAAUUUGAACUCAAGGCUUUGUAUGAUGACACAAUAACAUCAAACAGUUGCCCCAAUUUGAUUAAAUUUGAACUCAAGGCUUUGGACGAUGAACAAAAUAACAUGAACAUGUUUCACCUCUUUUCUAGCUGACUGAAUUGAAACUGCAAUUUGAGGAAAAAAUUCAUGGACUGUUACCUUCCGAAAUAAAACAGGUAUGUUACAGCUCAGGGUAUUUUGACAAUUGUUAUUUGGACGUUUUCUAAUAAUAUUUUCGUAAAAUAGUUUCAUACAAUAUUUGGAUUUGGAUGUUUUAGUUGGAGAAAAAUAUUGAAUGAAUUCAGUGAAUGUCAUUUUCAUUUUUGUCAUUUAAUUUCUGUGUCCGAUUUACAAUGUUUACUUCUGUUAUUUCUCUUAUGGAAUGCUGCAUUAAAUACAUACGGUUUUGUAGCUGUAUCUAUGGUAACCAAUCUCAUACAGCAAGUGCAAUAGCUUUUUCUGAUCAAUGAUAAUCUCCCCAUUGUAUAUCCAGGAACUUGAGGACACUAUCACGUCCCUGAAAUCUCAGGUCAACUCGUUACAGCUCAGGUCAAACAUGCUACAGGAGGAGCUGGACACCAGGAACAAAAAUGGAUUCACCUCGUUUGGAACUCUGACGAGCACGCCCAUAAAAUCAGCUGUUUGACCUCAUGACAACAAUGAUCGACACUUGUGUUCCUGUCUGUGUUUCAAUCCAAUAAAUUCAGCUCUGUCGUAAAUCAGACACUCCCUGCCUAACUCCUUCAGAAGCUGAAUGCUGACAUAGUCCGGCAAGGGUUACAAUGGUACACAAAGAGUUACAGUGGAAUACAAAGAGUUCCAUUGGUAUACAAAGAGUUUGAUCGGUAUACAAAGAGUUACAAAAAUAAGAAUAUACCUAUUAUUCUGGAGUGUGAUCCCUUAAAGUUGACUGCAAUAAGUAGUAAUUAUAUAUUAUAUACAUGACCAAGUAAGCUGUUGAUAACAUGUUGUAGGUUGUCAUCAGGUUUCACCGUCUCUCACUACAAGUCUAUCAUCCAUCAAAAGUUGCUUUAUAAAUGGAUGUCUCAUCUAUGCACAUAGAUCCAAUUUAUAUGUUGCUUGUGCAUUUACCAUCCACUUCUCAAAGUGAAAAUGCAAUAUCUCACAUUGUGCACAUAGCUCAGAUAUUUCUUAUUUCCCCAUGAUAAUCUUAGGCUGGAACUAAAAGAAAUAAUUCAAAUUAAGUUUAAAGGCUUAAUUGAUUAUAAAAGUAAAAUAAUGAAUGUUACUUUUGCGCUAAUAAAUUGGUAGUGAAAAUAUGGCUGAGACAUUAGUGCUGUCAUGUCAGAUACAAAUAAAUUAGUAGUGAAAAAAUGAUUGAGACAUUAGUGCUGUCAUUGUGGAUUGUAAAUUUCUAAACUAUCCAAAUAAAUUUAGCAGUGUAUUUUUACAUUUUUUAAUAUAAAUGUGUAUAUCUUUUUAUGUUUUCCAUUAUUGCCAAUAUGUUUAUUAUUGUAUGAUAAAAAAAUAAAAUAUA